GCCCGUUUGAAUGAUUAUGCCGGUCUCUCUUCAUUCCUGAGUUCCCUUUGCUUGCCUCGUUGAUAAGCUUUAACAGUAAGCUCGAACUUUCCUUUAACUUGCGGUGGUGUUCAGUCCUUAUUUGCUAUUGCUGGUUAAGUUGCUUCUUGUUCUAUCACAGGUAUAUGAAUAAAAAAACGUAAAAUAUAAAUCAUAGAAGUUGGAUCAUUGUUCACCCUGAAAUAGUGGAAGCGAACGCUAGUUUUCAUGACAGGACAGAUGAUGGUAGCAAUCGUUAUAUGACUUGGGUUGGAAAAUGCGGAUUAACUAAUUUAAAAGUUGUUGAAUGAUGAUUAGUUUCUGAUUCUUUAAAGGAGGGUAUAUGGGUAUGCAUUAGUACUCUUUAGUAUUCUUGAGUAUGAUUGUAUGAGAAAGAGUGCUUUUCUGUGGACCUUUUGGGGAGUUUCUUUGGUUGUUUGCCUCUUCCUGGUGGUUGUGACUAAUUCAGUGUUUAGAAGAAGGAUUUAGCUUAUAUUGAAAUGAAUCUUGCAGAUCCAUUGUUGAGAGAGACACUUGAGGAGUGAUGAUGUUCCUCAGCUCAACUAUACGGAUGAAGAAAUCAAGCACCGUUGCACUUCUUCAAUUUACCUCUUUUCUUUUAUAUGCCAUUUUCUGGGCAGCUUCUGCUGCUGAUGCUCACAAAGAAGACGACUUUCUUGGUUGCCUUAUGCACCAUUCCAACGAUCCUGUUGCAUUUUCCAAACUGAUUUCUACACCCCUCAGCACUUCCUACUCCUCAAUCUUGAAUGUAUCCAUCCAGAACAUGAGGUUCACACUGCCAAACACCCGGAAACCUCAACUCAUCCUUACUCCAGAUCAUGAAUCACAGAUACAAACUGCAAUACACUGCUCCAAGAAGCACAAUUUGCAGGUUAGGAUCCUGAGUGGCGGCCAUGAUUUUGAAGGCAGUUCUUACGUUUCUGAUGUCCCCUUCUUCGUUCUCAACAUGUUCAACUUCAGAUCAGUGUCUGUAGAUCCCGAAAGCCGAACAGCAUGGGUUGGAGCUGGAGCAACUCUUGCAUUUCGUCUCAAAAGAACUCUAGAACAAAAUGCAACAGAAUUAGUCCACAAAUGGCAAUUCGUUGCACCCAAGUUGCCCGAAAACCUGCUUCUUGAACUCCAAUUAACGGUUGUUCAGUCAAAUGAAACAGGCAAGAGAACUGUACAAGCUUCAUUCGUUACCCUGUUUGAAGGUGGAGCUGAUGAGUUAGUUGGCCUAAUGAAAGAACAUUUCCCAGAAUUAGGCGUGGCUAAAGAGGACUGCGUCCAAUUGUCAAGUUGGGUUGAAUUCAUAACGUAUUUUUAUCACCUCCCCAUCGAAGAUACCUACAAACUGCUAAAAAGCAGAGUCCCUCUGUCCCCUAAAAGCUUCUUCAAAUCCAAAGCAGACUUCGUUCAAAAGCCUAUCUCGAAAGCAGGGCUUAAGAAACUAUGGGAUCUUGUAAUUAAAAUUGAUUCCCCGCCUGUGGGAAUGAAUUGGACACCUUACGGGGCAAGAAUGGCUGAGAUCCCAGAAUCAGAAAUCCCAUUCCCACAUAGGGCUGGCAACAUAUUCAUGGUGUUCAAGAAGAUCCAGUGGCAUGAAACAAACCCAGAGGUAAUGAAAGAGCGUCUUGCUUCAAUGCGAAAGCUCCAUAGACUUAUGGGUGAGUUUGUGGAUAAUAAUAACCCUAGAGCUGCUUAUGCAGACUACAGGGACCUGGAUUUGGGAGUCAAUAACGUUGGGAAAACAAGUGUUGAACAAGCUAGGAUCUGGGGAGCUCCGUAUUUCAAGAAUAAUUUUGAUAGACUUGUUAGGGUGAAGACUAUGGUUGAUCCUGAUGACUACUUCAAGAAUGAGCAGAGCAUUCCACCUUUUUCAACUCAUUCAUCCCGGUUUUUGAUUUACACACUUGAAGGAAUUCCAUCGUUCGCCGGGCUGAUUAGCUUAAUCCAUCCAACAUCUGAAUCUGCUAGGGCAACUUACGGCUGGAACUCAAAAGUAGAGAUGAAGUCAAAGAAGUCUCUAUUUCAAUACACUUGUAUUUUUCUGUGUGCCAUUUUGUGGGCAGUUUCAGCUGAUCCACACCAAGAAUUCAUCAGUUGCCUGCUGCAUAAUUCCAGCGAUUCUGUUGCCGUUUCAAAAAUCAUUUCUACACCACAUUCCACUUCCUACGCAUCAAUCUUGAAUGCUUCCAUCCAAAACCUGAGAUUCUCGUUACCAAACACUCCAAAACCUCAACUGAUCAUCACUCCAUUUCAUGAAUCCCAAAUACAGACGGCAAUACAUUGCUCCAAAAGACAUGGAUUGCAGAUGAGAAUCCUAAGCGGCGGCCAUGAUUUCGAGGGCAGUUCUUACGUUUCUGAUGUCCCCUUUUUCGUCCUCAACAUGCACAACUUCAGAUCAAUCUCGGUAGAUCCCAAAACCCGAACAGCAUGGGUUGGAGCUGGAGUUAACCUAGGACAAACAUAUUACAACUUAGUCAAAACAAACAGUUGCUUUGCAUUCCCAGCCGGAUAUUAUGCAACAGUUGGUAUUGGUGGGCAUGUAACCGGGGGAGGAUACGGGCCGUUGCUCCGAAAAUUCGGACUUGCAGCCGAUAACGUUGUCGAUGCUCGCGUAAUCGAUGCGGAGGGAAGAAUUCUUGAUCGAAAAUCAAUGGGAGAAGAUCUCUUCUGGGCAAUUAGAGGAGGAAUGGGAGCCAGUUUUUGUGUCAUCCUGGAAUACAAAAUCAAAAUAGUUGAGGUAUCGAAUCAUUUCACGGUGUUUCGACUCCAGAGAACGCUGGAACAAAAUGCAACGGAACUUGUGCACAAAUGGCAAUACGUAGCCCCGAAUGCGCCGGCAGAGCUUCUUCUUGAACUGCAAUUAACGGUUGUUCCGUCAAAUCAAACAGGUAAAAGAACUGUACAAGCUACAUUCAUUACUCUGUUUGAAGGUGGAGCUGAUAAGCUGCUUAGUUUCAUGGGAAAGAAAUUUCCUGAAUUAGGAUUGGUUAAAAAGGACUGCAUUCAAUUAUCAAGUUGGGUUGAGUUCAUCAACUAUUUUUUCCAGCUUCCGAUAGAAUCAACCUACAAAUUGUUAAAGAACAGUAUCCCUCCGACCCCGAAAAGUUACUUCAAGUCCAACGCAGACUUCAUCCAAAAGCCGGUCUCGAAACAGGGGCUUCAGAAAAUAUGGGAUCUGAUGCUUCAAAUCGAUAUUUCUCCACCUGUGCAAAUGAAUUGGACACCUUUAGGAGCCAAAAUGGCUGAAAUCCCUGAAUCAGAAACACCAUUUCCUCAUAGGGCCGGCAACAUAAUUCUGGUGUUUAAGCAGAUUCAGUGGCAGGGAACAGACCCGGAGAUGAUUAAAGAGCGUUUGGCGCAGUUCAAAAGACUCUACAACCUGAUCGGACAGUUCGUGGAUCACAAUCCGAGAGGGGCUUACGCCGAUUACAGGGACCUAGAUUUGGGAGUCAACAACGUUGGGAAAACAAGUGUCGAACAAGCGAGGAUCUGGGGUGCUCCGUAUUUCAAGAACAAUUUUGAUAGGCUUGUUAAGGUGAAGACCAUGGUUGAUCCUGGUGAUUAUUUCAAGAAUGAGCAGAGCAUUCCACCACUUUCAUGA